AUGGCUGAACAAAAUCCUUCCGACUCCACCGAUAUGUCCAUGACGGACAUCCGUAACCAAAUGGAACAACAAUCCGUGGCAAACACCCAGCUCACUAUCACAAUUCACAACCUUGCGCAGACAGUGCAAGCAUUGGCCUUAUCCGUAGAAGACAUCAGACAAGGUUUGCAGAGGCUGCCACAACAUCCUAUACAGCAGGGGCAAUCAUCCCAAUUUCCACCACCAUCUAACAGUUCUCCUGGUAUUCCACCACCAUCUCACCGUUCUCCUGGUAGUUCUCCUGGUAUUCCACCACCAUCUCACCGUUCUCCUGGUAUGUCCAACACUCAAGUUCCGUCCCAACAUAUCAAUGGCUUACGAUUAGAACUCCAAGUUCCGUCCCAACAUAUCAAUGGCUUACGAUUAGAACUCCUUAAGUUCAAUGGUAUAGACCCUUAUGGAUGGCUGUUUAAGAUUAAUGAAUAUUAUGAGUUUUACGGUAUCUCUGACAUAUAUCGAGUGCAAAUUGCGUCAUUUGCGAUGGAAGACGAUGCAUCAGAAUGGUAUUGUUGGUUGAAAACCAACCAGUUAUUAGGUACUUGGGAAGAUUUCAUGGAUAAAAUUAAACUUCGUUUUGGGCCAUCACAACUCGUGGAUUAUCAAGGACAACUCUCCAAACUUACUCAGACGAGCACAGUUGCAGACUAUCGCGCAAGCUUUGAGCGAUUGUUAAAUAAGGUGUCGGGCAUAUCUGAAGCUGUCCUUAUUUCAAUGUUUAUUGCAGGAUUAAAACAUGAGUUACAGCAAGACUUACUGUUGGCCAAACCUAUGUCCCUGGAGGAAGCUUUUUCCCUAGCAAAAACAUAUGAAAGCAAAUAUGAGUUGUUACUCUCUACACCAAAAUGGGCUUCUCGUCCAACUGCAGUUUCUAUUCCGCAUCGCCCAUAUUCCAAUCAUCACCCUCCUAUACGCCCAACCACUGUCACCAUGCCUCAACCACCCCAACGCCCAAGCCCCACGACAACCACUGGACGUCCUAUUCCCGACCUUCCGGUUAGACGUCUAUCGGCCGCGGAAAUAAGAGAUAAACGAAGCAAGGGAUUAUGUUAUAAUUGCGAUCAAAAAUGGUCAAAUUCUCAUCGAUGUCAAAGUAGAUUUUUAAUGUUAUUAGGAAUGGAAGAAGAUGACCAAGUCUGUCAGGAAGAAGUGACACCACAAGAUGACCAGUUCACAGAGGCUAUACUCAUCACAGCAGAUAUUUCUACUCUGAACUCACUGUCUGGAAUGAAUACACCAAGGUCUCUUCGUUUAUGGGGUGAUAUUCACGGUCAAAGGAUACGGUCUCUUCGUUUAUGGGGUGAUAUUCACGGUCAAAGGAUACAGAUUUUGGUUGAUGGAGGAAGCACUCACAAUUUUAUCCAACCAUCAGUUGCAGAAAAAUUGCACCUCCCUACCAAAACCAUUGAAAAAUUCAAAGAAAAAUUGCACCUCCCUACCAAAACCAUUGAAAAAUUCAAUGUAUAUAUUGGAAAUGGCGACUCCCUUCAUUGUAGAGUUCGUUGUCCUCAAGUCCCAAUUCAGAUGCAAGGUACAAUAUUUCCUAUCGACCUUUUUGUGUUACCAAUUCAAGGUCCCGAUGUUGUUUUAGGGGUACAAUGGCUACAGCAGUUGGGGAAGAUAACUCAUGACUAUGCUCAGCUCUCUAUGGAAUUCUUAUGGAAUGGACAACCUAUUUGUCUAAAGGGGGAUCAUGCGAGAUCAUUACAGCAAAUCACUUUCAAUCAACUUCAAGCAAUAACAGAGUCAAAGAAUCUUGAAGAACUCUAUGAGCUAUUUUACAUAGCGUCCACAGAAAACGAAGAGCUUCCGGAUACCACUCUCUCUAUGGAGUUUGAGUUACCUCAAGGCAUUCCAAAUGAAGCAGCAUAA